AUGGCGACCCGUAUUGCUACUCCUACCCCUACAGCGGCUGCUGCAUGCACCUGUUGCGAUUCAUGUGCUGCGGCAACAGCCAAGUUAGCAGACCAUGCUACCCCUCCUCCUCCCGGUCUCACCCUAGCCUCUGCAAGCACUGCAGCCAGCCUUGCCCAUGCCAACAGGAAACCUGUCGAGUUCUGGAGACCGGGGAAGCAGCCCGAUGCGGAGAAGGCAGCCUUCCUCGCCAGAGGAUAUCAGUUCCUUGAGCCACCGGCCGUCAGUACAAAAAGCUCCGAGAUCUACAAAGCAGCCCUUUCCGCAGCACGGGAACGUGUGACGGCUCCGUCUCCUCGAGUUGGAGCUCCUGACCAAGGUUACGACCAAUCCGCGGCCGGGCAGGUCAUGAUGGCCGGUGGACGGGGAGCAGAGGAGCCUACAGCCGUUGAGACGGACGGAGGUGCUCUCACUGCCGCCACUGGCGCUGUGUCCACUCGAUGGAGAGCGGAUUCCGCUCCCAUAAAACCCCAGUUCAGGCAACAAGCUGCCUAUGCUCUUACUGCUGCCACCAUUUCCCACCGGGCCAGUUUAGGCGCGGAGGUUCUGGACAACCUUGAGCCGUCCAUGGAGGCUGCGCGGAUACACAACAUUGCCAAAACAAAUGCCCAACUCUACACCGCAUCUCCCCCGGUGGGGAUUGAGGUGGCAGAGCAGAAGCAGAGAGACACUCUUCGAGCGGCCGCAAUUUCCAUGGCCAAAGAUAUGUACGCGAUCGCCACAGCCAAGGAAGGACCCGAAACGUCAAGGCCUGCAAGCUCUCUCGCUCAAUAUCGUCAGUCCCGCCGGCUCUCUCAGUCGCAGUACUCCUGGACGACCGGUGAUGAACGCGGUGUGACCAGAGCGCCGCUAACUCUGCAUGAAGCAGCCCAGAAGAUCGCGACCGAAAAGCUAGCUAAGAUGCAACGGAAUGACCUGGCUUACCAUCAGGAAUACUACGGUACCGGUCCAGCUGCCCGAUCUCGCUUGACGGUGUCGCGCCGGCUGAGGAGAAGGACAUCGAGCGAGAGCGAUGCGUCUCGAGCCGAUUGGGAACGAUCCAUGCAGAUCCGGCACCAGAUGUCGUCCUUACAAAGCCGGCUUCAUGAGAUCGAUGAGGAGAAGAAGAAGCGGGACCGCGCAGAGUUGAUGGAAAUUGCCCGGAGAAACGUCAAUAUGGCAAUCCAGGACUUGGACGAAGAAGUCUACGCCCGAACGGGCAAGCUGUCUCCAAGCAUGCAGCGCGAAUGGGAGGAGAAGGCCCACGAGCGUGCAAAAGCGGAGAUCGAGGCUCGACCGUCUACAUUUGGAAGGAUCCCUAUUGGUGGUCAGAGAUACAUGGACGAGGCUGAUGUGGAAGAGAUUGCCCGCUCGCGGAUUCAGCCCACCCUGGACGAGAUCUCAGAACGAGUCUCCGAACAAAAGGCUCGAGAGAUCGAGCGGCGGUUGGAUGAGGAGAGGAGGCAGAUGCUACGGGAAAUCGAGCGUGAACGAGAGUUUGACAUUAGGGAGGAGGAGAAGCGGCAAAAAGCGGCAGCGAAGCAGGCCGAGAAAGAACAGAAGGCCGCAAUGGCGGAGAAGAAACGCCUCAGCAGGGAGAGCCAAGGAUUAUGGGGCGGAGUAUUCCGAAAAAGGAAGCCGUCUGAAGAGGCAGGUGUUACGACGGAGAAAUCGAGCGAAGAGAUCGAACGAGAAGCAAGUGAGCAGGCCGCCGCCGCCGGCGCCGGCGCCGCCGGUGCUGAUUAUGAGCAUGACCACGAGGACGAGCAAGAACAGCGCCGUGUCAGUGAACAGGAACAAGGCGUUGUCCAGGGGCCAGGCACCGAGCAGGAGCAAGGUCGUGUUCCUGAUGGAGACACCGUAUCCCAGACCUCCAGACCUAGGAGUACCGCUGAAGAGCUUAUUGAAGCGGCGUCUUCUGCUGCACGCGAAGCAGGAGUAGAAGACAUUACGGCGGUCACCGGUGCUGCUCAAGAAGCUGCUGAAGCUGCUGCUCAGCCUCCUCCUGACGGGGCUGACGAGGCGGUCACUGAGACAGCUGCCGUGGUAGAAACAAGCCCGAUUUCAACAACACCCCCGAAAGGACAGUCCCGGCUGAAGAUCUGGUUCAAGGCCAAAGUCGGCCGUCGGUCGAGCAAGCCGCCUCCACCAGAGCAGACACCUCAACCUCAAGAGACUCAGACAGAGGAAACCCCGUCCAGAGUGACCGGCGGCCCUGGAGUCACGGCCGACAUGCCCGGAGGUCCCCUCAGCUCGCACCCCGUCACCGAGCGGGAUCUUGCUCCGAGUUCGAGUGCGCAGACGGAGAAUGAGAAUGAUCAUGCCGAUACACUGUCCGAGACUGUCAACCAUAUCCGGCAGUGGAGCACCUCGACAGCUGGAUCUGAUGCUGCUGAAGGGCAGAAGGCUGAAGGUAGCAAGAACAAUAACAAUAACAGUAGCGGCAAUGGCAAUGGCAACGGCAAACGGCGUCGUCUCCGGAUGAGCCUCAAAAACAUCAUCACUCACAAAUCUUCAGACGAGCCUAGUUCAGCGGGAGCAGCCUCCUCAUCACAAAUUUCUCCAACAACGCAGGCUCCGACAUCAGCAGCAGAAGCAAGGAAGAACGGUGAGACCGCGUCCGCUCCGGCUGCGGCUGCGGCUCCCAGUCGUCCAUCGCCUUCUCGUGCCAAUACGAUGGAGCGCGAUGAACUGCGAGACAGCUUUGUCGAGGAGACCUUGCCGCCGCCUCCGAGUCUUGUUGGCGCGGCAGGAGGGCGACGGAGCUUGAGCUCGGCUGCGUCUGCGUCAGGUAGGGAGAGUCGAUUCUCUGAGGAUCUGUAG